GCGGCGCGUGCGGGAGGUGUGGGGAGCGCGCGCGCGGCGGUCGGAGUCAGCCUGUACCAACGCCAGCGGUACGGGGCGACUGUCGGCCGCCGCCGACUCGUCGCCGGCUGUGGCGUCUCCUGAUAUUAGACGCACAAAACGAUGGGCGUGCGCUCCUCCAAGAGCGGCGCCGAGUCCACGGCGGCCGAGCGUGGCGCCGCCGAGCCCGGCCGCAAGUCCAACUGGGAGGUGAUUGAGCACUACAGCAAGUCGGGCCUGCACAGCGGCUCCGUGCGCUCUCGGCAGGAGGAGGCGGCCGCGCGGCUGGAGCUCGCCCCGCCGCCGCCCGCGUCGCAGCGUGCCCGGCGCCCUCUAUACUCGCCCUGUCUGCGCCUCUUCCGCUCGCACCGGUUCACAGACGUGCAGGUGGAGUCGCUGUACCAGCGCUACUUUCUGCGCAUGGACCAGUCGUCGCUCACCUCGUUGCUGGGCAUCCUGAUGAUCGUGCUGGUCUCGCUGGGCCUGCUAGAGUACAUCAUGCGCGACACGGCCGGCGUGCGCGUCCUGCUGGCGGUGCUGGCUACGCUGCUGGUGCUGUACGUGUCGCUGGCCGUGACGCUGGCACGCGCGCGCCUGCUACGCACCCUGCUGCUGCUCGUCUUCAGCUGCCUGAUCGCCGUCUCCUUCUUCGCGCUGGUGGCCAGUGUGGUGGCCACGUCAGAGACGGGCUCGCCCACAGACGGCGUCUGGCAGACGCUCUUCUGCGUGUACAUGGUGUACGCGCUGCUGCCGCUGCGGCUGCGUGAGGCGCUGGCCAGCGGCCUGCUGCUGGCGCUGCUGCAUCUCAGCCUGGCCGGCUACCUCAGCCGCGACCACCCUGCCGCGCUGCCGCUGAUUGCCUGCAACGGUCUGCUGUUCCUGUGUGUAAAUAUGGCUGGCGUUUUUACGCAUUAUCCCAGCGAGCUGGCGAAAAGAAAGGCGUUCCUGGAGACCCGGCAGUGUAUCGAGGCUCGGCUGGUUACCCAGCGGGAGAACCAGCAACAGGAACGGUUGCUUCUCUCCGUAUUGCCUCGACACGUUGCCAUGGAGAUGAAGUCAGACAUUGCUGAGCAACAAAGGGACACAAUGUUUCACAAGAUAUACAUUCAGCGCCACGACAAUGUCAGCAUAAUAUUUGCCGACAUAUGCGGCUUUACGGCGUUGUCGGACCAGUGCACGGCGGAGGAGCUGGUCCGACUCCUCAACGAGCUGUUCGCCAGGUUUGACCGCCUGGCGGCCGAACACAACUGCCUGCGCAUUAAGCUCCUGGGCGACUGCUACUACUGCGUGUCGGGCCUUCCCGAGCCAAGACCCGACCACGCGCACUGCUGCAUUGAGAUGGGCCUCGACAUGAUCGAGGCUAUCGCGCUGGUGCGCGAGGUCACUGGUGUCAAUGUGGACAUGCGUGUGGGCAUCCACACGGGUCGCGUCCACUGCGGCGUGCUCGGACUGCGCAAGUGGCAGUUCGACGUGUGGUCCAACGACGUCACGCUGGCCAACUACAUGGAGUCCAGCGGUCUGCCGGGACGGAUCCACAUAACAGCCGAGACGCUCGCCUGCCUGAACGGCUCGUACAGCGUCGAGCCAGGAAACGGAAAGCUGCGUCACGCGUACCUGCGCCAGCACAACAUCGAGACGUUCCUCAUCAUCGCCGACGAGGCCAGCCGCUACCAGACGUCGAAUGAGCGGAAGACUGGAGCCAACGGCAUGGUCUCCAAAGAGCUGCGGACCAUGGGCUACACCGCCGGCCACGUACUUCCCAACCGCCUGCUGCCGGGCACAGAGCUGAAAACCACGGCGGAGGAGGUAGACGACUACCUGGCGCGCGCCAUCGACGCCCGCAGCAUAGACCGUCUGCGGAACCAGCACUGUCGGCGGCUGCUACUCACCUUCAACUCGGCUCACAUCGAGCAAAAGUAUUCUACGAAGCGUGACAAAAUGCUAUCAGUCUACUUUGUGAGCGCAUUCACAGUAUUUGGAUUCAUCGUAGCUGUGCAGUUCAUCAUUGUACCACAAACGCUGCUCACCACGGCGACUUUCUUCGUGGGUGGUGUGGUGGUGAUCGGAGCGGCGUACCUGGUCAUGGCUGAGAGCUGGAAGUGCUGCCCCGCCUUUCUUCGCCACAUUUCCGGCCAGCUUGCGGACAGACGGGGCCUCACGCAGGCGCUCGCCGUCCUCGUCGUCUUCGUUAUCUACUUGUGUGCAGUUCUGCCCGUGUGUAUCUUCGACGCAGCGUCCCUGGAUGCGUGCUUCGGCGUUCAAAAGUACAACCGAGUGCUCAACCGGACAGUGAUGAGUGAUGACGUCACCAGCAGCGGUGACGUCACGGCGCCGGACGCCCGGAACGUCACGCCGGCUGCUGACUUCAGCUGUCUGCCGUCAGCGGCACGUCACUUCCCCGAGUUCGUCACGUUCAGCGUCAUCGCGGCGAUGGUCUCGUGCGCUGUGUUCCAGCAAGUCACCUCCCUGGUGAAGACUGGCACUCUUCUCGUCAUCUGCUUAUCCUACCUCGUUCUUGUGCUGGUUCACCAGCCCACGCUUUUCAAUGGCGAACUUUUGGGCUCGUCGACCGGUGAGCUGGUGACCACACGUUACGUCACUAUCAUCAUCAUGGGCACCUUCCUGUCAGCGCUUGUCAUCCACGGCCGCCAGACGGAGGCCACGUCUCGGCUUGACUUUCCUCUGGAAGCUGCAAGCCACAGAGGAAAAGGAGGAAAUGGAGCACCUCCAGGCGUACAACAGGAAACUGCUGGCCAACAUUUUACCAGCGCAUGUAGCAGACUAUUUUAUGUCUGGGGAAAAAGGAGACGACCUGUACCAUCAGCAGUGCGACUCAGUGUGCAUCAUGUUUGCGUCCAUUCCGAACUUCUCGGACUUCUACGUGGAGCUGGAGGGCAACAACGAGGGUGUCGAAUGCCUCCGCCUGCUGAAUGAGAUCAUCGCCGACUUUGACGAGCUGCUCAGCGAAGAGCGCUUCAAGUAUGUGGAGAAGAUCAAGUCCACCGGCUCCACCUA